AUGAGCAAGAGGCAGCAGCAGAGGCUGCACGCCGUUGCGGUGCGCGUGGGGCGGUUGAACGAGGACGAGCAGAGCACUGCGCGCUCCCCCCGUGCGUCGCUAGGUUUCUCCCCGCUGCGACCCACCAAGCCCGUGAGUCAGCCGCGCAGCAACACGCCCACGCCCACGCACGUCAUGGGUGCACGCGCUGCUGCCACCACCGCUGUUGUGAAGGCCGCUGCUGUCACCAACGCCGUUGUGAAGAGUGUUGCUGUCAGCAGCCGUGCUGUGAAGGCCGUUUCUGUGAAGAACAUUGCUGUGAAGAAUGUUCCUGUUAAAGCCGCUGUUUCAGCAGCCAAGGGAACGCCAGUGAAGGGAACUCGUGCACCUGCAGCUGCACCAGUCAAGGCUGCUGUGAAGCCUGCAGCUGCAGCAGCUAAUGGAUCGCCAGCCAAGGCCACACGUGUGACGCCAGCAGCUGCUAAGAGCGUUGCUGUUAAGUGCAGUCCAGCGGGGUCGGUGGCAACAAAAGCGGCAGCAGAGAAGGUGAGGGAUCAGGGCAAUGGGAGGUCAGCAGGCGUGGCGGUGUGUGCAGCUGCAGCAGGAAAGGCGACGUUGGGAGGGGUGGAGGCAGCAGGAGGGCGAGCAGCAGGUGUGGGGUCGGGUUCAGGGCGUGGUGGCGGUGGUGCGAGUGGCAUCCCUCAGCCUGGGCAGAGCAGGGCAGCGCACACGGCUUCUCAAGCAGCAGCAGUGACAGGCACUCGCAUUCCCAAGCCACGCACCACAACAGCCAGUGGCAUUCCCAAGCCACGCCCUGCAGCACCCAAGGGAAGCAGAGAGGUGGAGGAAUGUGGUCAGCUGGAGAGUGGUUUGUGGGGAGGCUCAAGGCUCAGAAUGGUGAUGGAUCUGCUGCACAGGAACCUUAGGUUCGCUAGGAAGGCAGGAGUGGAAAGGGGAGGAGAGGAGGUUGGAACCCCUUUGGCGCUUGUUAUUCAUACCGUUUUCCUGUUUAAUGUUGUGCCGUAG